AUGAAGCUCAUUUGUUUGACUUUGCUGAUUAUUAGUGGAAUUACAGAUUCAAGAUCAGAGCAGUAUGAAGUCGUGGAAGCUGCAGGUCCUGUGCUUGCUGUAGCUGGUGAAGAUGUGAUUCUGCCCUGUUCAGUCAAACCCAGCAUCAGUGUUGUGGACAUGAGAGUGGAGUGGUUUAGACUUGAUCUGAGAGACUCACAACUAGUGCAUCUCUAUGAGGAUCAUGUAGAUAAAAACACAGAUCAGAUUCAGUCCUACAGAGGAACAGAACUGAUCCAUCAAGAACUACAGAGAGGAGAUGCAUCACUCAAACUCUCAUCAGUCCGAGUCUCUGAUGAAGGACUUUAUAAGUGUUUUAUUCAGUCCAGAUCCUGGUCUGAUGACGCCACUGUUAAUGUCAGUGUUGAAGCUGUAGGGCGUCCUCCGGUGAUCACUGUAGAUGGGUUUGAUCAUUCAGGAGGGCUUCAUCUACAGUGUGAAUCUGGAGGUUGGUAUCCUGAACCUGAUCUUGAGUGGCUGAACAGUGAAGGAGUCCGUUUGAGUUCAGAAACAACAGAGAAACACAGAAACACAGAUGGAUUCAGUGUGAAACACACCGUAACUGUAUAUGAGAGAGACAGCAAGAUUCACUGCAGAUUCAGACUGAAGCAUCACAUGCUGGAGACACUGAUAAUCACCACAAGUAACAUGUUUAAUUCUUGGAGGACAUCAGUCACCGUGAUUUCAGUUUUUGUUGUGCUCGGUGUGAUUGCUGGAAUACUGAUAGCUGUGUUUGCUCAUAAAAACAAAGUGAUCUGA